AUGGCGACCGCAACGCUUGUUCGGAACGCCCCCUUGGCGUUAGGUAUUCACAACCGUGAGCCGAACGGCGCAUUCCCGUUGCCCGAACAAACCUUCAACCUGCACGAGGCCAUCUAUCUCGCAGGACUGUGCCGAGCCGCGCUCACUACUCUCGGAUCGACGGACGCGACAGACUUCAGUAAGUUCUGGCAAGGCAUCAUUUGCGCCUCCUCUUCUUUGGAACUUAUAGCUUACCGCCUGAUAGAUCCCUUGACGCCAUAUACCGUGGAAGAGAUCCUUCAGCUCCCGCUAAACACCCUCCGUAUAGACGAUGAGCUUCACUCACUUCCCCGGCGAAAGACAGCCCGGGCAGCCUUGGCCUUUGGCAUUGCCUCUCUGCUGUACCCAUGCCACGAGGGUUCAUUGAGCUCAGUCAUCAGAUACGAGGAAGACCGCAGCAAGCUUCGGGCAUGGGCCGCCCUACAGCGCCAGUACGACACCCUAGUAUCAACGCAGCGCCAUGGCCGUACCGGCAACGGUAUUGUCGGCGCUGGCCCCGGUGUCGGCGCCCCGGCCUGGACCGCUCGCAUUCUCGCGCAGGGGCCUUGGGAUCCUACCAAAUUCGAUGUAUCUACAGAUGGCGCUCCGGCCUUACCGAUGCCUGUUACUGUCGCUGAAGCCGAGACGCUCAGCCCCUUCUUUGAUCACUUGGCCUCUGGAGGGACACAUGAUGGCGCCGCUGCUGGAGGAGGGAAUCCCGACGCGGGCGCGCCCCUGGACGAGGGCUACGGGGAGCCUCACUAUGGCGUUGCCGGAAUUGAAUUCACCAGAGGCGUCGUCUACGAGGACCAGCGUAUGGACCUCUGCAAACAGGUUGUAGGCCCGGACCAUAUUGGGCGACUCAUGGACAGCUUGCGGACCAACACGUUCAUCAAGCACUUUCUGCUAGGGAAUAACAUCAUCGGCCCUGUGGGGGCCCGUGAGAUUGCCCGGUUCGUUGACGAGUUUCCCGACCGGAUGGAUACUUGGUACCUGGCCGGCAAUUGCAUCGACGGACCUAGCUUCAGCAUACUCACGGAUUCAAUGGUCAAGUCGCCGGCCGUCACCAACAUGUGGUUCAAGCGGAACCCGCUCGGCCGUGGUGCUGCCCAUGAUAUAUUCAGGCUCAUCACGCGGACAAAUCUUCGGACAUUGGAUCUCGACCAGACAGAGCUCGGUGACCAGGGCGUCGCAGAGCUCUUUACUCUCCUCGCGAAGCAUGUACCGACCAACGGAGGCAGGAUACCGCUGCAGCACAUCUACCUCAACGGCCUCGGUAUCUCCGUUGCAGGUGCAUCGGCGAUAGGUUCGUUCUUGGCCUCGCCGCAUUGCCAGCUCCAGUCAUUAUACAUGUCAUGCAACCCCCUGGGAGACGAUGGUGCGGAGGCACUGGCUGGGGCCAUGGGCAAGGCGACAUCGCCUUCGCUCGCGCGGCUUUGCCUGCAGUCCACCGGCUUGAACUCACGAGGAAUGAGAGCACUCUGCGCAGUUCUGAAAACCUGGGCAGGCUUCCGCCUGCUGGACGUCAGCCAGGCAGUGGCGACUCAAGACCUCCGCCAGGCCUAUAACUAUAUCGACGGCGCCGCCGUUCCGGCGAUUCUCGAGCUCGUCGAUGCCGGGCAGCUGAACUACCUCGAUCUUGGCCACACCGCCAUCAAACCGAGCGAUCUACGCACCAUCGCUUCCGCUGUGGCGCAGAGCCCGUCGCUCUUGUUCUACUCGUCAUUCUCGAUCCUCCCAGAGGAGGACCCGAAAAUGAAGGUCGCAGAGGCGAAGAAGCUCAGGUUGGAGCGAGAACAGCUGCAGGCCCGUCUGCGUGCGCGACUCGAGUCCAAUGUCCGCAAGGCAUAUGGCGACGAGCAGAUGACCUAUAUGCGCUUUGUGGACAACGAGAGGCGGUGGCUCGUCAGUGACAAGACGGACGUCCGCAAGAUCGAUUCUGUGUAUAGGAAUCGCGACGCUGGGCUUGCACGACGGAAGUUGAAGACACUGGUCAAAGAAUGGGACGAUGAUGAUGACACAUUGGAGAGAGUCAUGAAGGCGCAUGGCCCUUUUUGCACCCUUCGUCAGAAGUAG